AUGUUAAAAAUCGAUAUUUUUACAGAAGAAAAGAAAAAAAAUGAUGUGAUCAAGGUUGAGGUUGUUGGAAAGACAUUUGAAGUGGGGGUGGUUGAAUAUGAAGAUGAACCAUGGUUUCCUUUUAAGUUCGAUAAUGAUGAACAAACUUAUGAAUCAAAUUUUGAUAACAAAUCCGACUAUUCAACAACUGUGGCAGAAGGCGAUGAUGAUGGCAUCUCAAGCGAAGAAGAGGAACGCAUAUCAGACACCUCGAUGGACGGUGUUGAAGAAGGAAAAAUAGUUGGGGAUGGAAACAACCAGAAUGAUAAUCCGAUCAAUCCAUAUCAAGCAUCUCCGAUAAUCUUGGAAUCCCAAAAGGCUCCACCGCCGACUGGUGUUGGGGAAGCGGAACCAUCCCAUGCAGAAACUGAGGUAAUUAAUGUAAAUGAAACAUGUGACGGAAAACUUAUUGAAUCUGGUCGGGUUAUAGGGAAUCAGUCCAAAACCACGGAAAUUGGUACAUAUUCAUCUCUCAUGGGCUCUCCUAGGCCUAUCCCAUUUCCUUCAAACUUCGCCCAAUCUAGGUGCUUUGGUCCUUUCCCAUUUAAAUCGCACACUUCACCUUCAAAUGGUUAA